AUGCGCUCCAACAAAUUUUCGAAGCACUUAUUCCACUCGUUUGCUGGCAGAUCCGAAACGGCAUUUUUGAAUGCGUCAACUGCUCCUUCUGGUGACUGGAACCUUUGACCACGCAGUCUGUUUUUAAUUUUUGGGAAAGUAAAGAAAUCGUUAGGACUUAGAUCGGGACUAUAUGGAGGAUGGUUCAAUAAUUCAACGCUUGCGAGCUUGCAUUGUCU